GAGCGUAACUCCUGAGCUGAGGCGAGCCGAUGUCACAAGUUUCCAAGCUCUGCCCCACAGCGCUCCCCAGGCUCCGGACAGAGGGCGGUUCCCACCCUUCUGACACACACGGAACCUAAACACAACAUCUUUCAGAGUGUCAUGAAGCUUCUGCGUCGGACAGCCAGGCGGUAUGGCUAAUCACCCAUUACGCACAAACGGUAUGCGGAGUCUGCAGAAAGAGCACCUGUACAAGGUGCUCGUCAUUGGAGACCUUGGGGUGGGGAAAACCUCCAUCAUCAGGCGGUACGUGCACCAGACUUACUCCACAAACUACAGAGCCACAAUCGGAGUGGAUUUCGCCCUGAAAGUGCUGAACUGGGACUCUGAGACCGUCCGGCUUCAGCUGUGGGACAUUGCAGGUCAGGAGCGUUUCGGGAACAUGACCCGAGUGUAUUAUCGGGAAGCCAUGGGGGCUUUCAUCGUGUUCGAUGUGACACGGCCCACAACCUUUGAGGCGGUCCUAAAGUGGAAGGAAGACCUGGAUUCUAAAGCUAUGCUGGCCAAUGGAAGCAGCAUAGCCACUGUCCUGCUGGCCAACAAGUGUGACCAGAUCAGAGACCUAACCAACAACGGCCUCAAAAUGGACCAGUUCUGCAAGGACCAUGGUUUUAUAGGCUGGUUUGAGACAUCAGCUAAGGACAACCUGAACUUAAAAGAAGCUGCAAACUUUCUCAUUAAGCACAUGAUGGCGACGGAAAAUGACAUCCUGAAAUCUGUGGUACCCGACACCAUCUCACCACACCUCAACCCCGGCAGAGAGAUGAGUUGCUCUGGCUGCUUCAAAUAAAGGCGAGACAGACAGGGAAGGAAAAGAAGCACAACUGGAUGAAGAGGGACAAACUCACCAUGCUACAAUUUCAGGACAUCUGACCAGCGUUCUGAUAAUACAGCAUGGGUUCUUCAAUCCAUAUCAAAUGUAUCUCUUUUUAGCUUUUAAGUUGAGGUGGAAACUAAAGCUCACAUGGACUUAAAUGCUCCACAUUUUUUCUAUUUUUUUUUAUUUGCACGAGCCAUGUUGUGACACUGACAUUUUCUGAUAAGGAACACAGCUGUCUGUGCUGUUUGCACGUGGUCAGUCAUGCCAGAGAGCGCAGACUAGAGUCAAUAAUCUUCUUAGUCCACUUACCUGAUUAAGAUUCCACUCUCAAUUCUCAUAGCAGUUCACUGUGAAAAGACUGACAACGUGGACAAACCUCCUCACAGUGCCGUUGAUUUCUUAUCCAAAGAAGAAACUCAGAGUUUCUUGUUAUUUUAAAGAAGUCUUACUGUGUUCUCAAUGUUUUUAACUCCUGAAAAUGAGGAAGCUUUUUUUUUUAAAUGAGCCAAAGAGCCAGUGUUAUCGAAGAAAGAACACUUUUCAAAAAAUGAUUUCUUAUUUGUGCAGAUUGUAUGAUAAAUGUACAACUAAGUGUCUCAUUUAGUCUUAUUUAAUUUUAUAGUAACAUGAAUAUUUAUGGUUUGGGGGAAGUACAAAGACUGAGUUUAAACUGAGACACACAGAAAGAGGUGCUUCAGAUUUGACGGGGAAUAGCAAGUCGACUGGAACUGUUCAGGUUGAACUGACUUCUGAGGCGUCAGUUCUUACUGACUGUGAGAACAUAUAUAAAAUAACAAAUCACUAAAUAAAUUCACACUUUGGUGAAAACUGAUUAUGAGUGUUUUGUUUUUUUGAUUGAUUUUUUAGUGCUAAACUGGACACUUGUAAGUUAACCUGCUAAAACCUUGGUCUCCAUGGAAACAGGAGUCUUUUUUAUGGGUAGGCUGCAUCGCCUUUGUUUCUUUCUAUACUUCAUACGUAAAUCUGCUGAUGCCUCAAAGAAUAAAUUCAUAAAAGCUGUC